AUGGAAUAUAAUAAGUUUGAGUCAAUUUAAGACACCUCUGCUAAUGAUAAUGAAAGUUACUCUGACUCAUCACAUAACGACCCCAAAAAUGACAACAAAAAGUAUUAGAAUGAAUAUUAAGCCGUCUCAGAAUAAAACUUUAGCCACAUUAUACAAAUCAAUGAUGCCAAAAAGAUUAGAGAUAAAAACUAAUUAGUUGAGGGAUUACAAUAAGAUUAACAAGCAUAUAAUGAAAUUGAUGAAGAGACUUACGUUGAGCCGAAUACAAUUCGUAUCGAUAAUGUAGUUGAAGGACAAGCUUUAGAUGAAAUUGAAGACUAUGAAGACAUGCCAAGUCACUCAGUAUGUAUAACUUGUCCCUUCUGUGGAAUAGCUGGAUAAACAAGAGUGCGAAAAGACAAAUUUGAUAUUUUUAUGAAUGGAUUCCUGAUUACUUUAAAGAUUACUCUCUGCAUCUUCUUCAUGGCUUUUAUUGUGAUUGGUCUUUUUCUUAUUUGUUUAGCAGCAUCAUCUAGAGAUGGAGGAGGUGGAGACUGUAAUGGCGGCUGGUCAUGCUGUUAUUUUUAUCAUUUCGGAGGACCGAGUUGUGAAACACAAUGCUGUUGUGGAUGUGAUAAUGAAGUUGAAGGAACCCAUAUUCGAAGAAUUCACAAAUGUGGCAAUUGUAAAUAAGAUAUUGGAUACUCAAAAAAAUCAAGAAAAUCUAAUAAACUAAAUAACAGCAAUGAUUCAAAUUGA